AUGGGCGAUGGGGGUGCAGAGCGCGACCGCGGUCCCGCUCGCCGGGCGGAGUCUGGCGGCGGCGGCAGCAGGCGCGGCGGGAACCGCGGCGGAGCCGGGGACUCGCGCGCUGGUGGGGGCGGCCGCAGCCCGAGAGAGGUCGCUGGUACCUCGGCCUCCAGCCCCGCGGGCACCAGGGAGAGCGGCGCCGACAGCGACGGGCAGCCAGGGCCGGGAGAGGCGGACCACUGCCGCCGCAUCCUGGUGCGAGAUGCCAAAGGAACCAUUCGGGAAAUUGUCCUCCCCAAGGGCCUGGACCUGGACCGGCCCAAGCGGACCCGCACAUCCUUCACAGCCGAGCAGCUGUACCGCCUGGAGAUGGAGUUCCAGCGCUGCCAGUAUGUGGUGGGCCGUGAGCGCACUGAGCUGGCCCGCCAGCUGAACCUCUCUGAGACCCAGGUAAAGGUCUGGUUCCAGAACCGCCGCACCAAGCAGAAGAAAGACCAGAGCAGAGACUUGGAGAAGCGGGCGUCCUCCUCAGCCUCUGAGGCCUUCGCCACCUCCAACAUCCUGCACCUGCUGGAGCAGGGCCGCCUGCUCUCCGUGCCCAGGGCCCCAGGCCUCCUGGCGCUGACCCCCAGCCUGCCAGGCCUGCCUCCUGGCCACCGGGGCACCUCCUUGGGUGACCCCAGGAACUCCUCCCCGUGCCUCAAUCAGCUGACCAUGGCCUCGAAGUCCCCCCCACUGCUGCCCCCUCCGCCGCCCCUCUGCUUUUCUGCGGCCCCCACUCCUGGACCUGCCAGCUGGGUACGAACUGGGCUUCUCAGCCUUAGAGCCCUACAGCCAGCUAGAACGGAAAGUAGGCAGCCCCAGCAGCAAGAAAGCUAACACUUA